AUGUCAUCAUCAUUAUCGUUACGAUCGAGUAAAUCAAAUAAUUCUUUAUUAUCAUCAUCAUUAUCUUCAAUAACAACUGUUUCAAGUCAAUCUAAUAAUGAACAACGAAGUUUAAUUACUGAUAGUGAAAAAUGGCCUGCUCCACCAGUAGAAGAAACUCGUUUGCAGGAAAAUAUUAUUCAAGAUAAUUGGCGAAUUGAAAAAAAUAUUUCUCUCAAAGAGCAACAAUUGAAUAAAAAUAGUUGUAUUCUUAAAGCAACAAUGACAAAUGAACAAAUUCUUAUUUGUGAUUCAUCAUCAACUAGAUCAAGAAUAAUUCCAGGCAAACAUGUUUCGAUGAAAGUAGUAUUUCAUUUUUAA